CAAAUGAUGACCUGAAGAUUAAAGACUAUGAUGAAUGGACACACCAAGACACACAACCUCCUCUAGAUGAAGCAGUGAAAGAAUCAUUUCCCUGAUCCUUUUUGUACAUGUUUAUGGUGCUUAUAUGUUUCUUUUACUGUUGGCAAACAAACAUGUCUGCAACUCUGGAUCAUAAGUGGUUAAUAUUGUUGUGGAUUCGCCUGGGGAGGUUUUUUUCAAAAGCCAGAGUGGUUUGCUUUGUCAUGGUCUUGACACUGACGUUUCUCAUCAUGGCUUCCUACAACCUGACAUGGGACAAGACAAGACUUCCCUUCACCACCUCACCCAAUCAGGUCAGGCCUGGGGUCGUCCAUUCAAACACAGCAGCAGCUGAAGUUUCCUCUAAAAACAAUUUAAUAGACAUGAAACAGCUGGUGGAGAUCAUUAACUCCAAACUGGAAUACACACCCAGGAAGGUGCCUGAUGAAAAGGAUGUCAUUGAAAUGGACUCUCAUUUGUUCUCUGUAAUUCCUCGCCAUUUCCUGCCCGAUGUCAAGAGUCCUUGCUGGUAUGAGGAGAUCUCCAGUGUACGCAGCACUGAUCCAUACAGAAAUAACCACUAUUGUCCUGGCUCAGCAACCACAAAGACUUUAUGUGACAAAAUGAGGCCAAACUUCCACAAGAACUUACAAAACAGAGACGGCAAACUGUUUCGUUUGCGCUGCUUGCCUUACUUCUACAUCAUUGGCCAACCAAAGUGUGGCACAACUGAUCUGUACUCCAGGCUGAAAAUGCAUCCAGAGGUCCAGUACAGCAUUAUAAAGGAACCGAUGUGGUGGACCAGGACUCACUUCGGUUUUCAGCGUUUCAAAGAAGACUUCUCUGACAUUUUUCCUGUGGAAGAUUACCUGGAUCUGUUUGACGUGGCUGCCCAACACAUCCAAGAAAAAAUUAAUAGAAACUCAUCUGGAGACCACCACAUGACCCAGUUCGUAACAGUUGAUGCCAGUCCAUGCACUAUGUGGGACAACCGAGCCUGGAGCUAUGUUCACAGAGACAGGAAGGAGACAGAGCCCAGUUUUCUGAACCAGGACUUCAUCCACGCACUGCAGCCUGGUGCCAAGCUUAUUGUCAUCCUUAGAGAUCCAGUGGAGAGGCUUUAUUCUCACUACUUUCACUUUCGGAGCGGGAAAAAGUCCGCAGAGGACUUCCAUCAGAGGGUCAUAGAGUGUGUACAGAUGUUUCAGUCCUGUCUGUCUGAGCGGUCACUUCGCUCCUGUGUCUACAACAGAAGCCUCUUCAGAGCCAUGCCGAUGAGGCUAAGUGGGGGGUUGUACGUUGUCUUCUUACUGGACUGGCUGACAGUUUUCCAUCGGGACCAGAUUCUAGUUCUACGACUGGAGGACUAUGCAGCCAACAAGAGAGCGACAUUACAGAAAGCUUUUGAUUUUCUGGGUCUGAGUCCUCUGUCAGUAGAGCUGGAGGAAGAACUGAUGAAAAACCAUGUGGCAAACUGCCGGGGCGCAUACGGCAAGGCAGUAGGCCCGAUGCUUCCAGCCACCAGAGACCUCCUCAUGGAAUUUCACCAGCCCUUCAACCGCAAACUGGCCAGUGUGUUGGACGACAGCGCCUUCCUGUGGAGUUACCCCUGAAGGGAUAUGAGCGUGGACAGAAAGUGGACAGCUGUGAAAAAGCACAUGAAACCCUUAAAAUACACUGUUACAUUCCCAUAAAUUCAUUAAUCCACACAUCUGGAUGGGAAUCAUGUGGUGAUGGUACUAUGAUUUGACCUUUAAAAUAGAGAAAUAUCCCCUGUCCCGUUCAUUAUUAAAUAAAAAACAAUUUACACUUGUAAUAACACAGUACUCACUUGAAAGGGGUACAUCUUGUAAUCGCUGAAUUGGUUUGUGCACAAAGUGGAUCUGUGGAAAGUCAUCAAGGAACAUUCUGAAAGCUGAGAUAUUUUAGUACGGUAGUACAGUUUUAAAACCUCCCCAACCUCACUGACCCAGCAGUGGGUGAGUCAGUACAAACUCAUACUGCAAACUGUUUAAACUUAAAUUCUAGAAUAGUAGUCUGAAACGAUUUGUCCAUAAUUGAUCAUUCACUUAUAUUUUUUCAAGCAAAUCUGUGUCCACCCCUCAAAUGUGAGCUCUUGUUACUUUUCUGCGAUUUUUUUAAUUGGAAGUUGAAUAUCUUUGGGUUUUGGAUGGUUGGUCAUACUAAAUAUGCAGUUUGAAGAUGUUACCUUGAGUUGUGGGUGAUUGUGAUUUUGGCAUGUUCCCCUUUUUUCUGACAUUUGAGUGGUUAGAUAAAUAUUUGACUGGGAAAAUCAACAAAAGAUUAAUUUCCAAUGCAAAUAAUUGUUAGUUUAAUUACUACUGUCCCAAAGGUUCCCAAAAAUACCAAAAGUCUUGCUGAAUUCUGGGGAAAUGUGCCGAAAAUGAUCCACAUGCAGCAUAUUUACAAGAUUUCUAUGUGAUGGGUGAGAAUAUUAUGUAUAUAGGACAUUAAAGGGGAAAACCUGCUGGUAAGGAGCUAAAAACAUGCUAAAAUGGCAUUUUUGGGAACAAUUUCUGCAACUGAUGGUGGUCGAGUGACAUUAUGUUCAGGUACUGGAAUUAAUCACACCAGGGCACUAAAACUCAGAUCAUCAGUCCAGUCACUCAGCACUACAUUUGAUGAGGAUACCAUGUUAAAAUGUCAUACUGUUGGUGUGCUGAAUAAUGUUUCUGGGAGCAUUAUUUUGCAUGUGGAAACCAAGAGAUUAAAUGCAUUUUUUGGCCAUCAACUAAUUUCCAUAUAUUUUUAAACAUUUAUCAUGUUUUGUGUGAUUAUAGAAUGAAAAAAGAAUUGUAUGUUUGUCAUAACCGAGCCUUGGGCCAUGCAAAUGCUAGCAAACUGAAUUCUCCGCAGAUGCCUUAAACACAGCACAGGGAACACAGAUGAGUGACUCAUUUAAACACUUCUACAGUAGUGUCAUGAGUCCCUGUCAUCUGAGGAGAUGAAAACCCCUAACUGUGCCUGACUUCAUGGUUUGACAACCUGUUCCA